UUUGUGAUUUUAGUGAAUGUCACUUUUUGUCAUUCUCAAAUUUCCCGCCGUUCCGUCCCCCGUACGUCCCGACGCUCGCAGAGGAUGGAACCCCGAAGACAGAUGCCGGCAUCCGCCGGAUUACAUUGCCGGGGACACUGCAGGAGGGACAUUGCGGGGAGCGCAGGACAAGGUAAGUAAUCGAGGGAUCCCGGAGCAGCGCCGCAUGGUAAGCCCGAGUGAAGCUCGGGGUUACUGCUUGUGGUACUGAAACUUUACACUGAGCUACACUCGGGAAUACUGCCAGGGAGGUUACACCACACACAGUGGGGGAUGAUUUACUAAAACUGGAGAGUGUAAAAUCUGGUGCAGCUGUGCAUGGUAGCCAAUAAGCUUCUACUUUCAGCUUGCUCAAUUAAGCUUUGACAAUAAAACCUGGAAGCUGAUUGGUUUCUA